AUGGAUUUUGAGCAGCUGCGAGAGGGCAGCCCUACGCUGUCACCGGGUGGCAUGCUCGACGAACCCAUCUUCCCGGCCUUUGGCAACGACGCCAGCGCGGUGAGCCCAGAGUCGCCCACCGAGCUGCAGAAGAACGAUCCCUUGGGGACGCAAAUAUGGAAGCUCUACUCCCGGGCGAAGACACAGCUGCCAAACGCAGAGCGUAUGUCCAACCUGACCUGGCGCAUGAUGGCCCUUAAUAUGCGCCGCGCAGAGUUCGAGCGCAAUAAAGGGCCAAGCUCAGGUCCCCAGAGCAAUGAAUUGAUGUCCCCGCCAUCCGCGAGUGCGAGGCCGCCGCCACGGACUGCUCCCAGCGGAAUUGCACAGCAACUGAGACGGUCCGCCGACCAGCAGGCGCAGGUGCAGCUGCUGCAGCAGCCACAGCAGCAGCCACAGCCACAGUCUGCGCACGACACCAUGAACCUGGACGACUUCAUAUUUCCUUCUUCAGUCGGCAGUCCUGCAGGAUUGUCGCCAGAGCCGUCGAAUGGGGCGGAGGGCCCAUUUAAUGCAGGCCCGGGGGUGCCGAUAAGGAAGGCUAAUCAGCUCAACGACCACAACCUCUCCCUCGCCCACGCUUCUGCUCCACCAGUUCCUCCACAGAUCAACAGAGAGAAUGAAUUCGGCUACGUCCCCCGGCACGUUCGCAAGACCAGCAUUGACGAACGGCGACCACCCAAGCGACGAGCAGAAGCCUCACCGCAGGUCCCUCCUGUCAACAGCAUAAUGAUACCCACCGACGCCCAGGCAGAAGCCGACCUGAACCAGUACUCGCUCGACCACUCGAUGCAGCCACCCGCCUUCCCCGCCUCGCAGGCGCAGGUACCCUUCUCGAUCGACACAUUCCAGAUGCACGAGGAUCCUGUUAUAAGUUCAGCAGGACCGUUCCAGCAGAACUUUGGCUUCUCCCCCGUUGGUUCACCCAUGAUGAACCACGGCACCUCCUUCCCCAACAUCUUCAACCCCAACUCAAUGGCCUCCUCCCUCAACUCAACCGACUACUACUCGCCACCCAGUUCAGCCUUCCCCUCCGCCGUCUCGACACCGCAGCCCAUGAACGACGAUAACCAGAUGUACUUCGAUCGUCAUGGCAUGGACAUUCGUAGCCAGCAUAGCAGCGGUGUCUCGUAUGGAUCCCACCGUCCUUCGACGCUGUCAAACUCUAUGCAGCCUCAGUUCGUUUUCAACCACAAUGGGGGAGGACCAGACACAGUGUUCAGCCCUGUGACGAGCGCGAGUUCAUCUCUACCCUUCUCAGCGACCUCAUUUGGCCACUCUGGUCAUGUCGAUCCCUCACAAGUCCUCCAUAACAGCCUACCUCUUCGACAGCAGCACGAGAUGCAGAUGCCACGAAACGAGAACAUGUUCGCAUUUGGUGCCGACUCAGAUAUUGAAGACGACGAAGGCAGCGCAUUCGCUGACCGUAAUAUGCCAACACAGGAAUUUUCGCCAAUGGACGAUGGUUCACUCGACUUCAAUACGAACUACCAGUGGGAGACAAACUUGUCCAACCAGUUCAAUCCUAUGCAGGCGCGAUACCCUGCAGGACCUCCACGCAAGACCGUUACAAUUGGCCCCACCGAGAUACAUUCACCACAGGAUCAUUGGAGCCCGAGCAGCCUUGGUCGAACACAUGGCUCAGCUGCCUCUGUGAGCGACAUUCGCAACCGUGGGAACGAUCCGCGUCGUGGGAAAAUACCCCGUACUACCUCAACACCGAACGCUGCGGGAUUAUUACACCAAGCUAUGCAUGGCCGAACCCAAUCAUCGCCUAACUCACCACCAGAAUCAGGUUUACAGUCAGGAUUCAGUUCCGCUGCACCGUCUCGUCCUCAAAGUCCUGGCGGGACGAAGCCGGGGGAGAGUGGUGCACCCACAACAUGUACCAAUUGCUUCACUCAGACGACACCUCUUUGGCGACGCAAUCCAGAGGGUGCACCUCUCUGCAACGCUUGCGGCCUGUUUUUGAAGUUGCAUGGUGUAGUUCGGCCACUGUCGCUCAAGACAGACGUCAUCAAGAAGCGCAAUCGCGGCAGCGGCAAUCCUCCUGUUGGGCCGAGUUCUACGCGAGCCUCGAAGAAGUCAUCCCGUAAGAACUCGAUCGCCAUGACGCCAGUAACAACACCGAAAGCAGCAGAGUCUGAAUCGCCGAAGUCAACAGGUUCCGGUGGCGGUAUAUCCACUAGCGUUAAUCUCGCUCCAGCUGCCUCGAACUCUAAAUCGGGCGGCGUAGUCCCCAUAGCUCCCGGUCCACCCAAGAACACCAGCUCAGUGAGUGCCAUCCAGCCUCGUCCACCAAGCAUGGCGCCGAGACGAGCCCGCGCACAAAGCAAGAGUGGCACGCAAGAGUUGGAGAUGGCCGAUGCCGAUGACACGAGUGGGAAGACGCCUCUUCGUAGGAAGGACGCUCCAAUUGCAGCCCCAAGUCCAUUCCCCAGCCAGAAUCUGGGGGCUCUCCCUAUGGGUGCCAUGGGUCAAGGGCUGCAAUCCUCUGGUCCUGCAGAAUGGGAAUGGCUGACCAUGAGUUUGUAA